AUGGACGAGACUGGCUUUCGAAUUGGCUGUGGAAUCGUCCAUUGUGUCAUUACUUUGGAUAAAAGCAAGCCUCUACGGUUCGUAGAUCCAGACAAUCGUGAUUACAUUACGUCCGUGGAAUGCAUCAGCGCCGCAGGCUGGAAAUCUGGCACCCCGCGCUACAACUCCAGACGAGUCCAUACCUCUCGUUCUUGCCAGAACCCCCACAAAGCCGAAGACGUCAUUAAAUACGGUCAAUGGUUUGAAGCACUACUUGCUACUCAGGCUUUUGUCAUUCCAAAGGGCAUGCGGCAGCCAUUAGCCCGGUUUGUGAAAGGAUCUAUUGCUAAUGGCUACUCGAGACAAAUUGCCGAGCGAGACAUUGAGGCCAUCCACAAAGAGGCCGUAGUCAAGCGGGCACGUAAGACACUUUCAGGGACGGUUGCCCAGAAGGGAGGAUGGAUGUCAGUAGAUCAAAUACGCAAAUCUCUGACUGUGGUGGAAGAAACAGCCAUAGAAAAGGCGGAGAAGGCUCUGAAGCGAGCUACUCGGGCUGAGGAAAUUCAGCAAGAAAAGGCCGACAAGGCCAUUAAGGCUUACAUCCGAAAGCUGGAUUAUGGUCUAUGGAAGCUAGUGCAUGCACAUUGGGACGUGUUUAUUAGGAUUCGAGUCAUAGGUCGAGAUCUAUGUAGAAUUAGGAAGGAAUAA